UCUUUACUAGUCAUAAGGUCGAGAGACCAUUCGCGAUAAAAAAUUGCAUUUGCGCUUAUGCAUCGCAUUUCCAUUUUAGGGUCGAAUGUCGCCAUUUCCCAGAAAAAUUGCUAAAUAAACUGGAAAUCACCCAGCCUUUGAACUGGCUUCCACUCCGAAAUUAAACAAUCCACCGUCUUACAUCAAGUCGUGAAGAUUGUGACUGUCUUAUAGUGAAAGUAACCGCUGGUUCGGAAUAAAACCAUCUAGCAAAAUAUAUGAGAUAGUUCGAGAAAGUCCGCUCACGUAGGACCUUCUUUGAUCAGGUCAGUUUCAUUCACAGAUUGCGCAUCGUAACGGUUGGUGUUCGUGAGCAGACGCACAAGAAACAUUCGUAGUUUGCCUUGCGGGUUGAAAUAUGCUUUUAGUCAGUGUCGGUUAGUGUCGAGUAAAAUCAAACUAUGAAAUAUUGUUUGUGUUGGCUCUAGGAGUUUUCCCACUUCGAAAUCCACAAGAUUUGAAAAUUAAGAUUUUCCAACAAAUUGCUAAGAUAUCUUCACAUUGCUUUUAGUGUAACUUAGUUCCAACAAUGGGGCAUUUAUCCACAUCGGAACGGGUUGACGCCGCGAAAGUAAUCUGCAACAACGGCCAAGUAACCCAAGUGAUUUUUAGUGAUAAGAAUGGAAAGUUAAAGCUUGAUAACAGUGUCGACGGGAAAAUCGAUAUGGAUGUGAAUAAUAAUGACGUGAAAGCCGGAUCCUUGACUGCUUGCAUCAGUGAAAACGGAAAAGUGGGGAAAACCGAACUAAAUGACCCACCAGUGUCGACAUUCAUUGGACCUAAAAUUCUUGGAGUUCAGUUUCUGGCACCGCUGAAAUGGGACAAAAUCAUUAUGAUUAGUUUGCUACACUUCACAUUUUUAUAUGGAGGACUUCAAUACUCGUUCAGGAAGAGGAUCCUGGGCACUCUAUGGUCUUUGUUUAUGGGCGGAUGCGCAGGAUUCGGCGUGACGGCUGGAGCUCACAGGCUAUGGAGUCAUCGAUCGUACAAAGCCAAGCUUCCCUUGCGAGUUAUACUGAUGUUAUGUUUUUGUGCCGCUGGUCAGAAUACACUCUACGAAUGGGUUCGAGACCAUCGUGUCCAUCACAAGUUCUCCGAGACAGACGCUGAUCCACACAACUCGAAACGGGGAUUUUUCUUUGCGCAUGUUGGGUGGUUGAUGAUGCAUAAACAUCCGGAAGUUCUCCGGCGUGGUCGGCAAUUGGACAUGAGCGACAUUUUGAGUGACCCUGUUGUGCAAUUUCAUCAAAAAUACUUCAUACCCCUGAAAUUGCUGUUUUGCUUCGUGUUACCAGUCAUAGUUCCAGUAUACUUCUUCAAUGAUUCUUGGUAUUGGGCGAUGAUGACUGAGAUGGUUUUGCGGUACACAUUCAGCUUGAAUUUUACAUGGUCUGUUAACAGUGCAGCGCAUAUGUGGGGAACAAGACCAUACGACAAGCGAAUAAAACCAAGUGAAAGCAUUGCAGUUUCCAUCGUUGCUAUGGGUGAAGGCUGGCAUAACUACCAUCAUGUCUUUCCGUGGGAUUACAAGGCCGCGGAACUCGGUAACUACUCUCUGAACAUCACGACUUUGUGGAUUGACCUGUUUGCCAAAAUGGGUUGGGCGUACGAUUUGAAGCAGCCUUCUAAGGACCUUGUACGGCGCACAAUUGCAAAAUACGGUGAUGGAACUCAUCCGGAAUUUGGGCAUCACUCAAGUGAAGUACCGAUGCCCGAUCAAGCCACCGAGGAUCGAUAAGGUCCAAAGUGGACUACAGAACAUAUUUCAAGGUUUAAGUUUCUGGGUGAUCUAGGUUAUGCAUCAAACAACUAUUAACGUGUUUCUAUGAUAUAUUUAUACUCAUAUACCCUUAACAAUAGUUAAUGCUAGGAAUAAGCAAACCUUAAGUAAAUAUGUAAGUCUAGAUGCCAAGUAUGUAGGAGUUUGCUACCAAAUUAUUUAUAUUUAUGAGACAAAGUAGUUCGUAGUGCAAUGCGACUAAUACUUACCAGAAUCCAUGACUUAUGAAGGUAGAUACAUUACAUUAAAGAAUUUUAAGGAAUUGAAGUUAUAUUCAAAUGGAAGAAUGGUUUUCGUAUUAUUGCGUACCUACCGUAGAUAUACAUACACACAUGUGUUUCGUAGAAAUGAGUAGAUGUAAAAUUAAAUAAAAGACAUGUAAAAGG